ACGUGACCCGGGCCGCCUGUGUUUGCACGCAUGGGCGGAUCCGGGAUCCGUCAGUUGUUGCAGCCCGCCUCGGUUCUCACACCUUCCCGCGGCAUUUCCGUCCUCCUGCGGCAUUGCUGCCUGCUCCUGCCGGAAUACCUCAAUCCUCGCCGCCGGACAGCAACACGCCAACAAAGGGUGAUUUCCGCCGCCGCUUUGAUGAAGACGUCCCGAUAACGUCACUUCCGGGUUCCCGCUCUCUCCUCCAGUCGUCACUUCCGGGUUCCUGCUCUCCCCUCCAGUUGCCAUGGCAACGCUAGACUUUGUGUUCCUGGCAGCCGCCCUGCUGAGCGGCGCGCAGAGUAUACGCAUGCCCAGUGUGAUCAGCGACGCGCCCAAGCUGCUGCUGCUGUCGUUUGACGGGUUCCGGUAUGACUACUUGGACCGGCCGCUGCUCAAGCCAAACUUCGACUUUGCCAUUAACAAGGGCGUGCGCGCCAAGUACAUGAAGUCCACCUUCGCCACGAAAACCGACCCGAACCACAUGACCAUGGUCACGGGUCUGUGGGAGGAGAGUCACGGCGUCGUCUCCAACAAGAUGUAUGACCCGAAAUACCGCGAGAUUUUCUGGAUGAACAGCUCGGACCCGAAGUGGUGGGACGGGGACGGGCGCGUGGAGCCGAUCUGGAUCAGUAACGAGCGUUCUGACGGGCGGUACAGCGGCGUGGUGAACUGGCCCGGCGGGGAUGUGAAGUACGGCGGCCGCCUGCCCACCUACUCCACAGGACCCUACAACAGGAGCAUCCCCUACACAGACAGGAUAGACGCCGUCGUCACGUGGCUCAUGGACGACGAGAAGCCCAUGAACUUGGGACUCGUGUUCUUCGAGGAGCCGGACCGGUCCGGGCAUCUGUACGGGCCCGACUCCCGCCAGGUGGACGACGCCAUUAUGAUGAUAGACGACAUCGUGGGCUACCUGGUCUCCGCGCUCAAGGAGGUGGAUCUCUACGAUAAGGUAAACAUUAUCCUGACGAGUGACCACGGCAUGGUGGAGGUGUCCCCAACGCGCGUGAUCGAGUUGAACAGAUACAUAAAGCCGGAGUGGUACAUCUGGGUGGACGACUCGCCCGUCUCAGCCAUACUGCCCAAAAAAGGAAAGGAGGAGCUGAUCUACAAGAAGCUGCGCAGUGCGCGCGUCCGGAUGAAGGUGUUUAAGAAGAAAGACAUCCCGAAGCAGUGGCACUACAGAAACAACCGCCGCAUCAUGCCGAUCAUCGCUGUGGCUGACGACGGCUGGAGCAUCGUGCAGAACUUUACUCAGAACGCGUUCACCAUUAAAGGUAACCAUGGUUACAACAACAGCAUCAUCAAGAUGAGCGCGUUUUUCAUCGCCUUCGGCCCUGCGUUCGAGGAGGGUCUGACCUCUAAACCGUUCUGCAAUGUUGACCUGUACCCGCUGAUGUGCAAGAUUUUAGACAUCCCGCCCAGACCCAACAACGGCUCGCUGGAGACCGUCAAACACAUUCUGUUCGACUAUGACUCCAUGGCGUCAAAAGGGACAGGUAUUGCGGUGUUCUGCACGCUGCUUCUGGUGGUGGCGCUGAUGGCCGGAGGCUACUACUACUGGCAACGUCACUACGGGCAGAAGGAGGAGCCAAUCGUGGGCGAGUACGUCAACCUGGACGAGACCAACCCGCAGCAGGGCGUGGGGGGCGGCGUUCCUUAUGAACAGCAGGAACAGCAGUUGAACCUGAAGAACCAGAAGGCUGGGUACGGACAGGAGCACGGAUACGGGACGCAAUAACUACGGACAGGAGCACGGCCACGGAGGGACGCAAUAACUGAUCAGAACUGUCGAUAGGCAUUAGUAAUGUCAGAACUACCGAUAGACAUUACAGCCUUUCCCAAACCACCUUAUUGCUAAUAACGUCACAGGGGCGUACGUCAUACCCGUCCACACUGGAACGGGUUUAAUAACAUAACAUGACGUCGUACCGUAGUUCUAACCGGACAUGACGUCGGACGUACCGUAGUUCUAACCGGACAUGACGUCGGACGUACCGUAGUUCGAACCGGACAUGACGUCGGACGUACCGUAGUUCUAACCGGACAUGACGUCGGACGUACUAGGGCGCUUCUAAAGGCAGACGGAUAUGACGUAGGCAACUUGUGACGAAAGCAACCUGGAGGUUUGAGAAAGUUUGAAUUCGUCUGUUCCUCUGCAUUUGUUACAUUUGUGCAAUCAUUUUGUGACCACCACUAUUGUUAGUGUGGGCUGCUUUUAGACGAGGAUGGUGUAUAAAAACGUCGGUAUGAGACCAUGGAGGUGACACACCCAAAGCCUCACUCUCAGUAACACCCUGUCAGUCACAGGUCACGUGAUUUCCCCUCUCCUAUGCAGUUUGGAUAUAAUAUUUCCCCCAGGAACAUCGAUAUAGCCUGGCGUCCAGCCUUGUUUAACUUUAGUCCGCUCGCCAACAUCCGCUAGGGAGGCUGGACUCCAGGCUACCUCGAUAUACACUACAGCCUCGGCACGCCACCAGGCACAAGCAUGGUUAACCGGUUGUAACUUUAGUUACUUACACGUACAGCCUCGGCACUCCACCAGGCGCUAGCAUAGUUGUAACUUUAGUUACUUACACGUACAGCCUCGGCACUCCACCAGGCGCCAGCAUAGUUGUAACUUUAGUUACUUACACGUACAGCCUCGGCACUCCACCAGGCGCCAGCAUAGUUGUAACUUUAGUUACUUACACGUACAGCCUCGGCACUCCACCAGGCACCAGCAUGGUUGUAACUUUAGUUACUUACACGUACAGCCUCGGCACUCCACCAGGCACAAGCAUGGUUGUAACUUUAGUUACUUACACGUACAGCCUCGGCACUCCACCAGGCACCAGCAUGGUUGUAACUUUAGUUACUUUCACGUACAGCCUCGGCACUCCACCAGGCACAAGCAUGGUUGUAACUUUAGUUACUUACACGUACAGCCUGGGCACGCCACCAGGCACAAGCAUGGUUGUAACUUUAGUUACUUACACGUACAGCCUCGGUACUCCACCAGGCACAAGCAUGGUUGUAACUUUAGUUACUUACACGUACAGCCUCGGCACUCCACCAGGCACAAGCAUGGUUGUAACUUUAGUUACUUACACGUACAGCCUCGGCACUCCACCAGGCACCAGCAUGGUUGUAACUUUAGUUCUCCCUGUUUAAUCGUACACCGGUCGGCAGUAUGUGUCAGAAUGUGACAAUCACGCCACGUCCCGAACUUGUAACGUAAAGUUGUGUAACGGUUGGAAGUUGUGGUGUCGUAUGACCUUGAAGUCUUCAAGGUGACCUUGUGAGUAAUUCUCUCUGUAUGGACGUUAAUGAUCUAUUUUUGACGUCACAAAUCUCGUGUAUAUUCAAGAGUAAGUCUAGUAAAACAUAUCAGUAUAUGACACAAGCUAUUCCCACAGUUAGCUGGAGUAAAGGUAGUAGAACAUUGUCGACUCUGCUAUUCAUGAUUGUGUGUAUUCACAUAACCUGCUAACUUUUGUUAGACGCUAAGAGUAGAAUCCAGGUCACGGAAACUGUGAGCUUGUUAUGAUUUUCAGUCGCAGCUGCUCUACACACACAUGCAAACCUUUUCUGUGAUUAACAUUCUUGUGCAAUAAAGAAUCUGGCACUGU